GUACUCACACUGGUCACACUGUUAUUGUCCUUUUUUCGAAGCUUUGCGUUUCUCAUAAGAGGCCAACAUGAGCGACAGUGAGGGAAACGAGAGUUUCCGCUCGGCAUUGGAAGCCCCUGCAGUGGAUACUCGGUAUCCACUCGGAAAAGGAGAGGUGGAAAGCCUGCGAAGGAAGUUGGAUCGCAUUGUUUUGAUCCAGCAGACGGACUCGAAGUACUACAAAGCCGUGGAGGACAUGAAGGAUCAGACCAGCAUAUCCUUGCUGGUGGAGCCCAGUUUUUACGGGCGCCACCAGGCCACAUCCGUUUUGGCGGUGGCCACGGCCAACGAAACGUACAUUUUCGACAUAAAGGCACUCGGCUGCAUAUUUCCGGAGCUGGCCAGGAUCCUGGAGGCGGAACAUCCGCGCAAGGUGAUGCACUACAGCCAUCGCAUCGCCGAUCAUAUGCACCACAAGCACCGGCUCACCUUGGGCGGAAUCUGCGACACCUUUGUGGCCCUAUGCUUGGCCCGGCAGGAAAGAUCGCCCUGCUCCCUGCCGGAGGCUAUAUCCCUGGUCUUUGGCCUACCGAUGGAGGACCUCGUCUGCGAGGAGGUGAUCGGCGCCAGCGAAUCGCGGCGAAACUUCACUGCUCGCCCCCUGAGCCGCAGUCAACUGAGGUACAUUGCCAGGAUGGUCCAGCUGCAACACUUAAUGCACGACCGCUUGAUCUACGGCAGCAUUUGCGCCGAGGUGCAGCGCAUGUCCUUGGCGUUCAGCCACAACUACUCGGGCUUCCGAUCGUGCGAUGUGGCCAUCAACAUGGGACCCAGCAGUCGCUUCGGAUUCCACCUCAUAGAUCCCAGCUACAAGACGACCGCCGACCCAAGAAUAACGCUGCCCACGCCCGACGAAAUCGAUCGGCAAGAGUUGGAGCACAAAAAAAGUCGCAACUAACUCCGGUCGAUACAAAAGAGGCCAAGACUCUAUAAGUCACCUCCAGAAUAUUGGUUUAAAAUCACCUUAUAUAAAUAAGUCCAUCCCUUCGCAUGCUGGCAAGCUCGCGGCUUUGCAUGAACUGCUUUUUUAUUUAGUUAAGUUAUUUUUUAUGUACAAGUAGUUCGGCAUAGACAAGUUAAAUGAAAAAUGCAUAGGGAUCAUAAAAAAUGUAUCAUUUAAAAAUAUUAAUGAACUAAAAGUUGCUACACGUUUACUUAUUAACGUUUAAAUAUUGCAAUAAGAAACGAUAAGGAUUAUAACAUUUUUUAUAACAAA